UGACAAACAACAUAUGCUGGGGAGUUCAUGUUCACAAUUGACAUUCAUUCAUUUGUCAUACAAUUCGCAAUUGUAAUUUGUAAUCGUAUACGCCGAUAACAAUAAUGCAGUUAUGUUUAUCAAGUGUUACUAGAAACCUGUGUAUUUAGAUGUGAUUUUAUAGUGUUUUUGUAAAGUUAUUAAAUUUGAAUUGAAAUGUUUAUAAAAGUGCAAGAUAAUGUAAACGAGUUUUAAAUAAUGUGUGAAUCUCAAUUUAUUCAAUAAACCGGUUUACGAACAAAUGUAUGCGUGAUAUCAAAGUGAAGACGAUAUUUGUUUAUCAUGGCGUUUUCUUUGAAUAAACUUAAAAAUAUUUUAAACUCCAAUCGAGACAAUCAGUUAUCGGGAAGUGGAAGCUUAGAUCCGGAAAUAGGAUUCAAAUUAGCGUUGCACCCAGUUAGUAAAAAUUUGUAUGUGACGGUUAUUGGCGCCCGGCACCUUCCUUCCUUGUUUGGGCUAAGUAGAGCUCAUGGAUACCUUGUUAAAGUAAAAGUGUUUCCAGGCGAAAGUAAAUAUGAAACAACGUUGCAAGAAAGCUCCUGGCCGGUUUGGAAUGAAGAUUUUAAAUUUCAAUUGAAACAGCAACCAUCAAAGAAACCCAAUGAAAAAGUCGACCUUCAAACACAACUCGCCGGCCAUUUUUUGUCCUUAACAAUAUACGCUAUAUUAGAGGCACCGAAACCAGAAUCUGAAAGAAGAAGAAGCGCAAAAACUUUAGAUACCAAAAAAAAUAAUAAACUAACCGACGAAGAGGAAAACAAACCUAAGACUGGUUUUCUAGAAAAGACAUUCAGUAGUUUUAAGUCGACGAAAGCUGAAACGGCUCAGAAGUUAAUAUUAGAGAAACGGAGGACCGUAGGAGCAGCGACGUGGAACUUUGAUUCCAAAUUAUUCCAGAAUGAUCUCAAGAAUGGGUUGAUAGGAACGCCUGAUGUCUGGAGACCUAUUAAUGCUAUCGCAAGUGGACUUGUAGCCUCUGACUCUAGGAGGGAGAAUAAGAAGGGCCAGCUAGAAGUGACAUUAUUGUACGCGGCAAGCGAGGACGGCCUCAACGACACUGUGCAGCUUACCGUGAACCGUCUGCGUUGCAGCGUCCAAACAAUGCAGGAGCACGAGCAGUAUAAAGCACCGCUGUAUUUGAAAGCGACGAUAUUGGAAGCGAACAAGGCGGAAUGCUAUUGGAAGAGCGAUAGAUUUAUGCCCACUAUAUCCGCCAGAUGGGAUCCCAAAUCUGCAACAGUCAAACUGAUCGUUUUCAAAGCGAAUUUGAACAAAGUCAGCAUCUACAUAAGUCUUGGAUGCAAGACGAAAAUGGCGAAAAAGGAAAUAUUGGGUAAAGCAACGAUCGACGAAAAGUCUAGAUAUGCUGACAGCUGGAAGGAAUGUUUGCGACAACCUGGUAUUCCUAAAGCGUUUUGGAUUAAUUUUGAAUAAUAUAAAAACUUUAUACUAUUUAUUAUGCACGAGUUUAUUUGAAUAACACGAGUUGUGAUAUAAUGAAAAUAACUUUGAUUCGAGUGCCUUUUAAAUAUGAUUAUUAUAACGGACUGUGGGGGAUGGGAUUGUUCAACAUAGAAGUUAUUAAAAAUAAAAAAUCAUUUAACAAAUUAACGGGCAGUCAAAUGUACUGAACUAUUUUGGAUUCCCGUAUGUAUAUACACAUAAGUUACUGUGAGGUUUCUCAACAUGCAUUUCUAUGGAAUAUAGAACAGGACAGAUUUUUAUCGAAAAUAAAGCUAAAUUUUACUUUGGCCUUUCCUUAAUAAGAAUUGAGAAAUAAAUUUAAACCUUAUUUCAAUCUAGUACAGCAUAAUUUAGUAUACGAUAAAAAUUACCUUUGCUCUAAACACCGGUCUGUAUAAAUAUAUCCUUAUUCUUUUGAGGAAAAUUGAGAUAAUAAUAUGCUUUUGUAUAGUUGUAACGGCAAUGGAAUUUAAAGCUGGGGACUGACCUAAUCUUGUACGAGGGUAAAAUGUCACCUCGUAGUUUAUACGGAUUGAUUUUGACAUAUCUUAAAAAUGACAAUAAAAUAUUUCUUAACCAACGCUUAUUUAAAAUGUAUGUGAUUAAUGUUGUGACUUACGUAUUUUGAUUAUUUAUUCACCACACAAUUAUAUCCAGUAAGAUGGAACUGAAUGUAAAUAUUUAAAAUAUUUUAUAAGUAUAUGACAACUUUUAUAUUGUUG